GCUUUGCUCUUGACUCGGGCCGAGAGAACCCACGAACCUUUCAAGUUGCGGAUGCAGCGUGUCCGCCUGGCGCCGGCGAGAGACUCAGUCAUUCUGGCAGCAGCGGCAGAGCCAGGCACCUCCGUUCAGUCGCACGGUCGCCUGAUGCUGCGAUCCCCUGGCCUCUUCCCUGUCUCCGUACUCCUACGCCGCAGCUUCGCUGUUGGGCCCUAGGGCCUUAAGGUGGCGACAGACACGAGAUCACUGCCUCAAUAUCUGAUGCAACAGCUGCGGCGAGAUCCUACACAGCGCAACAAGAGCGACAGACGCGUGUGUGCAUACGUGUUCAACUUCUUGCUUCUCCCUUGUACCGACCAUAAUCGCCUCAGCACUUCAUACAUCCAGCCGUUCUGGCAAACGUUUACCGGCGUACAGUGCUAGAGAUAACUCUAGAUACUAUGGCAGAGCCCACGAGCGUGGCAGCUCCUACCGCACCAGAGGUGUCACCGUGUAGUCCCUCAGUUCCGCUCGCCAUCAGGAUCUAUCGCCGAAUUGUUGCCUGUAUUCUGGCGGCGACGCUUACGUUCACAUUCAUCUCAUCCACUGCCGCCAUCCUGCUUGUCUUCCGCACCAUUAAAGCGCUGCCGCUUACUCUCUUUUUUGUCGCCGGAUGGCAGUCCUUUCAAACCAGCACCUUCUUUCCUAUUUCUCUCAACCUCUUCGGAGGCAGCAUCGUCGCCUUCCUUCGAGUGUCCGCGAUAGGCGCUGCUCUGAUAGGGAUAGCGGUCGGCUCUGUGACCUCUAUGCUGAUGGGCACGGCAGCGCUGCUAGCAUCGUCUCGCUGUCGCAAACACGUCCGCGACUACAUAGACCGGGCAAAGGCCAAACAUCUUGCGAAGGACUCGGACCGGCCACUCAUCAUCAAGCUCUCCUGGAACAUCUCCACAACCGCCGCCCAGAUGUCUCUCGGGAUGCUUGUCUCACAGUGGUAUGGCAAUGAUCAUAUCGACACCGUCAUCUCCAAUCCCGUGCGCUCUGUCUCCUGCUCUGUACUGGGACUCAUCUUGUCCGAAGCCUUGAUGGACAAGUGGGUCUGGUCUAAGUACAGAGCGCAGCUACUUGAACAAGACCAGAGUCCGGCACCCGCUGAGCAGACGCCUAUCUCUCUUCCUGAUGCCAAGGUGUAGCACCGUUUGCUGGAUAUGAUCUACCUCUUGCCAUAUCUUGACCAGUAUCCCCGUGCUCAUUUGUUGGUACCUUCAAUUUUCGCCAGCUAUAAUUUACCGCUGUUCCGUGCCAUCGCGUGCUCCCCCCCGGCUCAGCUUGUUCACCUACAUAUGUCAUUGAUUCUCAUGUAGGCCAUUAACUGUUGCAGUUGUAGUUAUAUUCUAAAUUAUGCUUCCGUUCGCAACGCCCCACUCUUGACACUUUACC